UGUUUUAAAAGCUUCGAUUCCGCCUCUGGUUUUUCAUUUUUCUUGUCACCUCCCCACCUCCUUAUAUAUAUAUAUAUAUAUACAACCAGACUCCCGAUUUCUCCACCAUCGUCAAACUACAGUCCAAAUUAAAGCACAAAAACCCUUCAAAUCUCUCUUUUAUUCUCCUCAAUUCCUGCUUAAAAAUUCCAAAAGAUACAGAAAAUACUCACCGAAAAAUCAGAUCAUGAGCGGUGCGAUGAGAGCCUGGGCUGUGGCCGCUACCAUCGGCGCGGUGGAGGCGCUGAAGGAUCAAGGGAUUUGUAGAUGGAAUUAUACGAUUAGGUCUCUGCAUCAACACGCCAAGAACAAUGUUGUUAGGUCGUUUACUCAGGUAACCACGUUUUCUUCUUCUUCUUCUUCGUCGGAGAAUUUGUCUGAUGUGAUCAGCAAUCAGACUGCGAAGAACAGAUCGGAGGCGUCGAUGGAGAAAGUUAUGCAUUUGAGUUGCUGGGGUCCCAGUACUGUUAGAUUUUGAUGUAAACGCAGCUUAAUUUUUGAGUAUCAAUCACGUUAUUUUUAUUACA